AAUGGUUCAUUGCACCAGAAGGAUACUGUUCACGACAGUGACUUUGAACCCUACCUUUCUGGACAGUCGAAUCAGAGUAACAGUUAUCCCUCAAUGACGGACCCCUACCUGUCCAGCUACUACCCACCCUCCAUCGGCUUUCCUUACUCCCUCAAUGAAGCCCCGUGGUCGACUGGAGGGGAUCCUCCCAUCCCGUACCUCACCACUUAUGGACAGCUCAGCAAUGGUGACCAUCACUUUAUGCACGAUGCGGUUUUCGGGCAGCCAGGGGGUCUGGGGAGCAACAUCUAUCAGCACAGGUUUAAUUUUUUUCCUGAAAACCCUGCCUUCUCGGCUUGGGGGACAGGUGGGUCUCAGGGCCAGCAGACUCAGAGCUCAGCUUAUGGAAGCAGCUAUACCUACCCACCGAGCUCCCUGGGUGGCACAAUUGUGGACGGACAGACCGGUUUCCACAGUGACACGCUCAACAAGGCCCCCGGCAUGAACAGCCUGGAGCAGGGCAUGGUGGGCCUGAAGAUUGGGGAUGUGGCCACUUCAGCAGUCAAGACUGUGGGCUCUGUUGUGAGUAGUGCAGUGAUGACUGGCGUUCUUUCGGGCAAUGGAGGAGCAAAUGUCAGCAUGCCAGUUUCAAAGCCCACCUCCUGGGCUGCCAUCGCCAGUAAGCCAGCUAAGCCACAGCCCAAGGCCAAAGCCAAGUGCACGCCUGUGCUGGGCGGCACAGUGCCGCCCCCGCCCAUCAGGCACAACAUGGACAUUGGCACCUGGGACAACAAGGGCCCUGUGGCCAAGGCCCCGGCGCCCUAGCAGGCUCCGUCCCCCCAGUCAGUCUCACAGCCUCAGCAGGUUGUCCAGUCCAUCCCAGUGCAGCCCCCGCCCCUGACCCAGCCACAGUACCAGAACUCCCAGCAGCCGCCCCAGACCCGUUGGGUAGCCCCACGCACCAGGAGUGCCGUGUUUGGGCAGAGUGCAGGGGCUGGUAGCGACAAUACCUCUCCAGGAAGCGCUCAGCCCAGCACAGCCCUGAGCAUGGAGUCCCACUCUGUUCUGGAGAAGCUGAAAGCUGCCCAUAGCUACAACCCUAAGGAGUUUGACUGGAACCUUAAGAAUGGCCGCGUGUUCAUAAUCAAGAGCUACUCGGAGGACGACAUCCACCGCUCCAUCAAGUACUCCAUCUGGUGCAGCACAGAGCAUGGCAACAAGCGCCUGGACGGGGCCUUCCGCUCCCUGGGCAGCAAGGGGCCCGUCUACCUGCUCUUCAGCGUCAACGGAAGCGGCCACUUCUGUGGUGUGGCUGAGAUGAAGUCGCCAGUGGACUAUGGCACCAGCGCAGGGGUCUGGUCCCAGGACAAGUGGAAAGGCAAGUUUGACGUCAAGUGGAUUUUUGUCAAGGACGUGCCUAACAACCAGCUGCGGCAUAUCCGGCUGGAGAACAAUGACAACAAGCCCGUCACAAACUCCCGUGACACGCAGGAGGUGCCCUUGGAGAAGGCAAAGCAAGCGCUCAGGAUCAUCGCCUCCUACAAGCACACCACCUCCAUCUUCGACGACUUCUCCCACUAUGAGAAGCGGCAGGAAGAGGAGGAGGUAGUGCGCAAGGAACGACAGACUCGAAACAGACAGUGA